AGACGAAGACAAAGACCCGCCGAAUGGCUGGUAAGACAACACCUCGGCACCGUUGGCGAACUUUCCCGCGCGCGGCGGCGCAACAAGGUGGACUCGGCGCGGCGACGCAAUGAAGGCGCAAUGCUAAUGCUUGUAUUCUCGCACGAAGGCCGUGAAGCAACACGCGCACCUGACAUUCGAGUGAAGUCAGUCAGUCGAAGGACAAGCGGCAGGCAAUGGGCAGCCACCCGCAAUGUGUACCGCCUCAAUCUCGAUCCAAAUGCGCCGCAUUGUCGUCCAAUAGCGCAAAAAAUACGCUCACCACGAAGUGAACCCCGACCGAAGGAUAGCAAGACCAAGACACCGCAUCAAGGGCAGAACGAUCAGCUUGCUACGUGCGAUACCUUUUCAACUCCGAUCUCGAUAACUACUCGCUGCGGCAGACAAGUUCUGGAUAACUCGUGCGGAACUCAUCAAAGAAGGGAGAAUGUCGCCGACGUGCUCUCCAUAUCUUCCGUCACGUCUACCGACAGAUUACGGACUUAUUAUCCUUUUCGAACCCGGUAUGCUGCCGCAACGCGGAUUGUGGGCUGACAAUCGCUCUGAGACCAGGUCCUGCGGGCGUGGCUCGUCUGUAGUCGGCCGCUUCGGCGACUCGUCCAGCAUCCG